GGAACAUUGUUGUGGAGUGACGUCACUGCUAGAAGAUGAAGGCGCAGUGGCAGCCAUUACUGGAGGAGCAGUAAUUAUCAAAUCCCAAAUAAAUACUGGCGGAAAACUUCCAUGGCAAGAACCACUAGUCAAAUUUAUGAUGCUGUUCCCAUGCAAUCCAGCUGUGUUAUUUGUACCUGCAAAUCCCCAUCAAUGGUAAGGAAUCACCCAGAGUCCAGCUCGCCGCUUGCUGUCCCAGGAGCGAGCAGCAGCCACUGCCCUGCCAUGGAGACCAGGGCCUCCCCCAGUCCCUCCGACAAGAACCCAGAGCAGCGGAAACACUCGAUCCAGACUCCGCAGCCACGCAAGAAAAGGCCUGAGGAUUUUAAAUUCGGAAAAAUUUUAGGAGAGGGUUCUUUCUCAACAGUUGUACUGGCCAAAGAACAGGCGACGGGGAAAGAAUAUGCCAUUAAAAUUUUGGAAAAGCGGCAUAUCAUGAAGGAGAACAAGGCACAGUACGUGAAAAGAGAGAGAGAUGUCAUGUCCGAUCUAGAUCACCCAUUCUUCGUCAAGCUUUACUUCACUUUCCAAGAUGACGAAAAGCUGUAUUUUGGCCUCAGCUACGCCAAAAACGGAGAGCUGCUUAAAUACAUUCGCAAAAUAGGUUCUUUCGAUGAGACCUGUACAAGAUUCUAUUCAGCUGAAAUUGUUAGCGCGCUAGAAUAUUUACACGCCAAGGGGAUUAUUCACAGGGACCUUAAACCAGAAAAUAUUUUACUGAAUGAGGAGAUGCACAUUCAGAUCACGGACUUUGGAACAGCAAAACAGUUAUCUUCAGAUAGCAAGCAAGCGAGAGCAAACUCAUUUGUAGGAACUGCACAGUAUGUUUCCCCAGAACUGCUGACAGAGAAAUCUGCCUGCAAGAGCUCUGACCUUUGGGCCUUAGGUUGUAUAAUCUACCAGCUGGUGGCUGGACUACCACCAUUUAGAGCUGGGAACGAGUACUUAAUAUUCCAGAAGAUAAUAAAAUUGGAAUAUGAAUUCCCAGAAAAAUUCUUUCCUAAAGCAAAGGAUCUCGUAGAACAGCUUUUAUCUCUGGAUCCCUCCAAGAGGAUAGGCUGUGAGGAGAUGGGUGGGUAUCCACCUCUGAAGGCUCAUGCUUUCUUUGAGACCAUCUCCUGGGACAACCUGCACCUGCAGACUCCUCCCAAGCUGACCCCUUACUUGCCCGCCAUGUCAGAGGACGACGAAGACUGCUAUGGAAACUAUGAUGACCUCCUCAGCCAGUUCGGCAGCAUGCAGGUGGUCCAGUCAAGCCCCUCGCCCUUGCCUUUGGUCCCCGAGUCCUCCCUGCCGCAGAGAUCCAGCAGCAACAUUGAGCAGUACAUCCACGAUCUGGACAACAACUCCUUCGAGCUGGAUCUGCAGUUCUCCGAUGAGGAGAAGCAGCUUCUCCUGCAGAAGCAGACCACUGGAAAUCCAUGGCACCAAUUUGUAGAAAAUAAUUUAAUACUUAAGAUGGGUCCAGUGGACAAAAGGAAAGGACUGUUUGCACGUCGGCGCCAGCUCCUCUUGACUGAAGGACCCCACUUGUACUACGUGGACCCCGUUAACAAAGUGCUGAAGGGAGAAAUUCCCUGGUCCCCAGAACUGCGCCCAGAGGCCAAGAACUUCAAAACCUUCUUUGUUCACACACCCAACAGGACGUAUUAUCUAAUGGACCCUAAUGGGCAUGCGGACAAGUGGUGCAAGAAGAUUCAGGAGGUGUGGCGAAAGAUUUACCAUAAGCACCAAAAUGCUGGCAUGUAGGUCCAGCUGCAGGAAGGGUCCACUAUAGCUCUCACUGUUGCCAGACCUCGCUUCCACAUAUGACAUCUGCCAUAGAGCAAAGAAAGCCUUCGCUAGUGCCCUUCAUCACAAGAGAUAACAUCUCCGUAGGAAGGCCAGCUUCUAUUUUUUUGUCUCUUUAAAACAAAUUAAAACAGAAAAAAAUAGACAUAAAUGGAAUUCAGGGUUGCUUUGCUUGUUCUUUGUGCUCUUGCUGAGGUUUCAGAUGCAUAUCGUCAUGUGCGAAUGAAGAUCUUGCUUUCGUGCACAUCUCUUUCUCCUGCUACAAAAAAGUUUUAAACCACGUGUGUAAACUGCUUCACUAGGAUUGAUGUAUAAAUCCACACGCACACACAGCCAGACAGUGUACAGCAGCCCUGUGAUCACACAAUUGGGGGGGGGGGGGGAACGGGGGAGACAGCUUUUUCCUGUGACUGUUUUUUUUUUCAAUCUGAACUGUAUUUUUUGUCAGGGAGCCUUCAAGAAACUCUUGCUAACAUUGUUUUAUGUCUGCCUACGUUUUUUUUGCUUACUACGUAUCUGCCUUGUGCAGUCCAGUCAGUGACAGCCUAGCUUCAUUCUUAAAAUAGAACUGAUUCCAGGUUUACAGUGGUACUUAAUUAUAGCAUUGAUGUCUGUACUCAAGUGUGAGUUCUGAGUAGACUGAUGAAUUUACUGUCAAUAAUAUAACAGAGGAAGUAGCAAGUACAAAGAGCUUUUUAGUCAUUACCUUAAUACUUGCUUAACAACCCUGCAUGGCCAGUUGUAAAUUGCAGACACAAUAGUUUUGGGUUUUUUUGUUUAAAAAAAAGCCUUUUGCUUCAUCAACCUGUAAAGGUGUGUUGAGAGAGCCGCAGAUUAAUCACUGACACUAGUAUAACUUAAGAUCUGUACUGGAGUCAUUCGACUGAGUUGACAACCGUAGUUAUUAGAAAUUGAUUAUUAGUUGUGUUAUGCCAUUUAGUGGUAUUUAUUUUGAUUGCAGGACAGCACAUAUUCUUUGAUUAAAAAAAACUUCAGAAUGCUGUCCCUCAGUUGAAAAGUAACAGCAAUAUACAGGUAAAAGACAAUGUACAACAGAAACUUUCAGAUAAGAAUCGCUGCACAACUCUUUCUGAGCAUCAGCGCAACCGAACACCGUUGCUGAGAAAAGACGACCUGUUUAGAUUUGCACAGUGCCAGGUUUACAGAACGGUAAGUUUCCGCAGUGUGUCCGUGAAGUCUGUCCGAGCCGAGAUCAGACAUGGCUCGCACUCAGUGUGCACACAGAGUCAGUGCCGUGUUCUUACAGUUACGUCAGUCUGCCACCAGUGACUGUGUGGAUUGUGUAGAAUCAGCCUCAGACUGUAUAAUGUAAUCAGUGUGUUUGGAUGUCAGCAGAAGCUAUUCAAUCCACAUAGCAGUUGAAAAUUGCUGUAUCUAUCUUUAAGGUUAGCAAGUACAGGAAGUGUCUAUUUUUCUCCUGCUAGAACUUUUUUUUAUCAGGUUGGCGAGAGUCGGUUACUUUGUGUAUUUAAUACUCUACCUGGUUCGUAGCCGACUAGAACUGUGAUGUACAGAAGACGUAUUAAAGAAUUCUGAAGCAAGUAAUGCAAUGAAAUUAGGAUACACACUUUUUGUAUUUUUAUUCUUGUAUAAGGUUAUUUGCUGGCUAUUGUUUAGCCUCUAGUUCAUUCUGUGUUAUUUAAAUUCUAAUAUAUGAAUCAUUUUGGAUUGAAGUCAUGUUCAGGGGCCAUGUUGUGUAUGUAUUGAGAUGUAAAGCCUUUGAAUGUGAAUAAUUAUUGUAAACUAUGAUAUUUUACAACUUUUUUUUCUUACUUUAUUAUAUAAAUUUUCUAUUUGGUCAGUGAUUUAAUCAUAUUUCUCAUAAUUUAAUGAAUCUGCUCUUCUCAUUCUGAUUAUUUGUGCUCUAGGUGUAGUUGUUGAAUGAUACAUUUUCCACGUAAUGCUUGGUAGUCCUAUAAUAAAGCAUGUAGGGUUUUAGGCAUACCA